AGAAAGCAGUACAGACUUAACAGCAGUUUAUAACCCAUAUCUAGAUAUGCAUCAAGUCCAUAAUUUAAGUCAUCUCAGUCCAGCUGAACUGCGGUUGUUAAUCAGGCAGAACCACCCCAGAAUAAGAACCACCACUGGAUUGGCACACGGAUACCAGCAGGCUAACGUCGUGGUUCUGCCGAGCCACCUGGCUGAUGACUUUGAGGACUUCUGUCACUGUAACUCCGCCCCCUUACCGCUCCUGUAUCGCAGCCAAUCAGGAGAGCCUUCCUGUUCCCCUCUGGCUAAAAAUGCUGACGUCAGGACCGAUAUCCCUGAAUACUGUGUGUAUGAGGAAGGUCGCCUGGUGAAGACCGUCUCCGGUCUGCAGAGCUACAGCAACAAGUACAGGACCGGGUCGGAGCAACAGAACAUGCUGGCAGACAUGGUCACCUUCUACCUGGGCUGCAGCUUCGGCUUCGAGGGAAAACUGAAGGAAGCUGGAAUCCCUGUUAGGAAUGUGGAGCAAGGUCGGAACGUCAGCAUGUACCGGACGGCUGUCAGCUGUGUUCCCAGAGGAGCCUUCUGCUGCCCCCUGGUGGUCACCAUGCGCCCGGUCCCAGCUGGACUCCUGGAUGCAGCUGUGGAGGUGACCCACCAGAACCCUCUGGCUCAUGGAGCUCCGGUUCACAUAGGAGAUCCAGCUCUCCUGGGGAUCCAGGACCUGUCCAAACCGGACUACGGUGACCCGGUGGAGCUCCAGCCAGGAGAUGUUCCGGUCUUCUGGGCCUGUGGAGUGACUUCCAUCGAGGCCAUCCUGAGCAGCAAACCAUCUCUGGCAUUCAGUCACUCCCCUGGCUGCAUGUUCCUGACCGACGUCCCAGACUCUCCGACCCCAGAAUCCGGGCUGACCCCGCUCUGCUUCCAGGUGACCCAGAACCCACAGCUCUACAGCCUGGUGUCCAAGGCAGCGGUGGAGAAGAUCCGGCAGCUCGAGCGGGUCAUCGGAGACGACCCGGGUCAGAGAGGCAUCAAAGCCCUUCUGGUCCAAGAUGAACUCCUGCUCUCCUGCUUGGCGCUCUCCCACGCCUCCUCUGUUGCCAUAACAACCGGGUUCCCCACAAACUACAUGCACAGCCCUCCUGAUGAGACUGAUGGUCCACCUGGAGCCAUCGCCAUAGCAACCAUGUUGUUGUCUCUAGGGAAACAGGUGACGUUGUUGACGGACAGCAGAGCGACGGAGAUGAACGGAGCUCUGGUGGAUGAAGCAGUGAGGACGGGUGUUCUCAAAGCUGCAAUCCCAUUGGUCACCUAUGAAGACCAUGGCCCUGACUCCGCCCUGCACUUCCUGUGUCACCAUGGAAACCCCAGGAAGCCCAGGUUCGACCACCUGUUGGCGAUAGAGCGCAGCGGCCGGGCUGAGGAUGGAAAUUAUUACAACAUGAGAGAAGUGAACAUUAAACAUCUGGUUGAUCCGAUAGACGACCUGUUCAUCGCUGCUCGGAACAUUCCUGGAGUUACAACCACAGGAAUUGGGGAUGGUGGGAAUGAGCUGGGGAUGGGAAAAGUCAAAGAAAAGGUGAAGAACCUGAUGCCUAGAGGAGAUGUGAUAGCCUGUGAUGUCGCUGCCGACUUUGCAGUUACUGCAGGGGUCUCUAACUGGGGAGGGUACGCUGUGGCCUGUGGGCUCUACCUGCUCAACACCUGCCCUGCUCACCAGCGCUACCUAAGGAGAGGGCUGGGACUCCAGCCUCUGGCCUCGGACCAGCAGCUGCAGGACUGGAGGACCAACCUGCCUUCUGUCCAGAAGGAGGAGGCCUUCCUGGGAACGCUGCAGAGUUUUGGGAUCCGAAGUGGGAAAACUGGGAACCUGGCCAUGGAGGUGGAUGGUUUGACCUUUCACCCCACCCACUCUGACAUGAUCCACAGACUGCUGGAGGUGACGCUGGGCUCCAAAGCUCAGAGCCGGGCUGACUGUUAGCACACCUGGUGCUGGCCGUUCCAGAGGGUUGCAGGAGAGGAAGGUGUUUGGGAUGCUGCCCUGGUUACCGGGGUUACCUCUCCAUCUUUCCUGGCUGCAGGCUGGAUAAGAAGCAUCUCUGGAAGUUAGGAAGAAUAAUCUGGGUUUAAUAUCAAUGCGUUGGUUCUGAACAAAAAUGAAACAUUUAGGUUAAAACAUUUCAUUUUGGUUCUUUAACAGAAUAUGAUCACACUCGAUUUUGUAAACAUGUUUAAAUUGAAUAUAUUUCACUUCUUUAAUGCUUGUAAAGAAUCAGUUUUUCUCCUGAUCUUAACUUGAAUAAAAUCCGACCUUAAAUAAACGGAUGGAUGG